UAUUUGUUGAAUCCUUAUUGGGAUAUUGGUGUAUAUGUAUUUUAAGGUGUGUUGCCGAUUCAAAAUAUUUUAGUUGGAGUGAACCUUAUAACAUUUUUAACAUUCUUCUGUUUUAAUCGACAAAAGACCAACAGUUGAAUGCUAUGCAUGUUAUAGCCUGAUGGGGGCGACGUUCGCACCAUUCUUGUUUAAAGAGGGUCGAGGAAGUAACUGACAUUACCAUACCCGGUGAAAAAAUACAACGCAUGCGGCAUGAUUCUGAUCCUAAACAUUCAAAAUCGUUUGGAUCAAUGGCAGGAAACCUGAAAGACAAGGAGGCAUACCAAAGACUGAACUAUCUACAUCAGGCUUCGCAUUGUGUUCUGUCUCAAAACGCCAGCAAUGUGGAAUUGGCUCGUUUUUACAGCUUUACCCAAAGGACUAUCGCAAAACGUCUAGUUUUGAGACAGGACCCGUCAGUGAAGAGAACACUGUGUAAGAAGUGCUGCUCAUUGCUUAUCCCUGGUGUGACUGCUACAUCAAGACAAAGAAGAAAUAAUAAAGCAACUAGAUUUACCGUGAUAAGGUGCCUUAGCUGUGGACAGACCAAGACGUUUCUAAAUAAUCCAGAACAUUGUUUGUGGGUUGACCGACCUGAAGCCCAGAUGGAGAACCAGGUGCAGUCAGAUCCUAAACAAUCUGCCAUACAACUGCCAAAGGUUGAUGUGUCCAAGCAGUCCGAGCCCAACCAAGACCUUCCUUCUGAGGCUAUAGCAUGAAGAACCUUUUUUUUUAUUGUACAUACAGUUUGAGUUAUGAAAAUAAGUUGUAUGCCGUUGAACAAGUAUUUUAGUGAUGUCACUGUCAUAUUUUGAGCUUUCCAAUGUGUGUAUGUUGUUGAAAUAUAAGCAUUAUCAUAC